GGACGCGUGGCGGGUCUCAGCUUGGCUGAUCUGGACCCUCACGGAGUCCCGAUGUGCAGCGGAUCCCAGGCUGAGAUGGAGCAGGGGGCCGAGGGCCUGAGCCAGUGGCCUGUGGCUCCGCACCAGUUUACAGAGGACACUGAGAAGUCACUGUCCUUUUUGGACAUGUCUUCAUCUCCAGGAAGCGGUGGAGUGCACACCUCUUGGAACCUUGGCCCAUCAGGCAUUCGGCAUGUCCCUCAGUGCACAGAGCUGGAGAGGAUGUCCUUGGCCUCUGCUCAGGCACCCAGGCAGAAUGCCUGUGAAAUGGGGCAGCAGUUCAGUAUGUCACCGCCUGAGCAUGGUGUGAGCUACUGCCCUCAGAUGACGUUCACUGCUUCCCAGAUGAUUUACAGUCAAGGAAUGUCUCCUUCCCAGCCAGGAAUGGGGGUUUUCAAGGGCUCCCAGGCCAUGCCCUUAGGAGAGCCCAGUAUUUCAAGUGUGGCUGUGACCUUCAGUGGGAAUCUAAGGAUGCCCCCCAGUGGGCUGCCGGUCUCACCUCCCAGUGGAAUCCCAUUGAUGUCCCACAUUGGAAUGCCAACAAUGCCUUAUCCUUUCAACGGAGACGCUUUAACACCUAACAUGUUUUUGGAUCCAACCAUGCCUCCCACUGAGGUUCAGGCAGUGCUCCCCUCUUUGGCUCAGAUGUUGCCCUCUAGAGAUCCCCAGGAUUUUGGAAUGCUCCCCGCUGGGUCUCCAUCACUGCUGCCUUUGGAAUCCCAGGGCUCUCUUGUGAGCCAGCCAGUCUCCCAGGAAGACUUUCCUAAGCACCACUUAUGUGAGCCACGGAGAGAGGCGCAGAAUUCCAGGGCUCAAGAAAGGGCUUCCGGGAGGAGCUCUCCCGUUUCAAGGCCUUACUACUGUGAGUAUGAGAACUGUGGCAAAGCUUAUACGAAGCGCUCCCACCUCGUGAGUCACCAACGCAAACACACAGGUGAGAGACCCUAUAAAUGCACGUGGGAAGCCUGUACCUGGUCCUUCUUCCGUUCCGAUGAACUUGGAAGGCACACUCGAAUACACACCAGAUAUCGACCACAUAAGUGUGACCAGUGCGGCCGACAGUUCAUGAGAUCUGACCAUCUCAGGCAACACCAGAGGACUCACAUGCGGAUGCCAAGAUCCCCAGACCCGCAGGCAGACAGUGGAUGUAGGGCCGGUCCUCUUCCUGCGCCUCAUCUUUAGAUCAAUCUCGUCUUCCCCUCCUGUUGGCUGCUCCACCCAGAUGCUGCCUGCCUCUGACCAGCCUGUCUCUCAUAGGUGUAGGCUUAGAUGAAGACAGAAAGAUUACGAGGCAGUGUGGAAGCCCUUGUGAGCUCUGGACCCAGCGGGGCUCCUCCAAAACUGUCUUGGAGGCCCUCCCGUCUCUGGGCUCCCUACGUCUGUCAAGUGUAGCCGCGUAGGAAGGUGGAGCAACGUUGAGAUCCAGAGCAAUACGAAGAAGCGCUUUUAUCUUAGGUGAUUCCCAGCUUGAAACACUGUAGUGACUCUCCUGUGCUUACUACAUAAAAUCCAAGUUCCUCAUCUUGGUCUUUGACAGUUUUCCGGAGCCCGGCUAUAUUCAAAUCCUGAAUUUACCACUCACCAGCCAUGUGACCCCAGGAAAGGUCAUUAUGCCCAGUUCCCUCCUCCGAUAAAUAAGAAAGACUGUUUUGAACACAUUUUAUGCCCCAAAUCAGAUUCUCUCUGAGUUCCCGUUGCGGUGCAGCAGAAAUGAAUCUGACGAGUAUCCAUGAGGAUGUGGGUUCGCUCCCUGGCCUCCGCUCCAUGGGUUGGAGGUCGAGUGGUGCCCUGAGCUGUGGUGUAGGUCACAGACGCAGCUCGAACUGGAUCCCGAGUUGCUGUGGCUCUGGCGUAGGCUGGCAGCUACAGCUCUGAUUCAGCCUCUAGCCUGGGA